CGUGAACUUGUCUGAAUCGAUCAUGCCUGAAUACAACAUCUCCUGGACAAACUCCAAAAAUUGCACCCCAAAUUAUGACCUGACCCUGCCUCUGGUUCCGUACUUUGACUGUUCUGGCGUCCGCAGCUAUGCGUCCACAGUCAUCCCUCCCCUCUACUACCUCCUGUCUCUGCUGGGCAUGCUGGGUAACUUGUGCAGCCUUUGGGUGUGCUUGAGGCCCUCCCAGCAUUGGAGCAUUGGCACCAUCGGCGUGCUGAACCUGGCGCUGUGUGACCUCACCUUCCUGGCCUCCGUGCCCCCCUGGGCGGUCUAUGUGGCUGCUGAGUACAACUGGGAGAUAGGCCGCACGCUGUGCAUCCUGUGCAACAUCCUCUACUUUGCCGGUUUGACCUCAAGCACCAUGUUCAUCUGCGCCAUCAGCACGGACCGCUUUCUGGCCAUCAUGUUCCCCCUGGAGUCACGCAUGAUCCGCACUCCUCGGAAUGCUGCGCUGAUCUCCCUGCUCAUGUGGGCCAUCACCGUCCUCCUUAUCUACCUCAGCUACCCCAACAUGCUUUACUGGGUGCGGCGCAAUGGUACGAAGUACUGCGGGGCUGUGGUCAUGUCCAAGUACAGGUCUGCCGGUGCUGCCUACAACCUCCUGUCCUACUAUUCGGUGCAGGUGUGUGUGCCGCUGCUCCUUGUUGUCCCCUCCUACAUGAAGAUCAUGGCCCGAAUGAGGCAGUCCCAGAAGCAGCGGAGCACAGGAGGCACACAGGGUCGGGACAAGACCAUCUGGCUGAUUGCUGUCUUCAUCGCCAACUUCCUGAUGUGCUGGGUGCCUGGGCAGCUGCUCCACAUCAUAGCUUGCAUCAUCUUCUUCACCCUGUAUGAGUGCGGUAACACCUGCCUGGUGGCCCAGGUGGUCAACCUGCUGAUGGAGGCUUCGCAGCUACUCUACUGUCUCAAUGCGUGCCUGGACCCCCUCAUCUUCCACCUGCAGCAGGGUUUGGGGCAGCAGUGCUGGAGGGUUCUGGGGCAGCUGACCUACUGGGCGAGGAAGGGGAGAAGGAGGCAGAGGGAACAGGAGGUAUGUGAUGGACUACCUCCAGCCAAGGACCUCAGUGUGAUUCGGCUUUCAGUCAGCGAGCAAGAGAAGGACUUCUCAAAAUAA